AGAGAGAGAGAGAGAGAGAGAGAGAGAGAGAGAGAGAAGGCGCUCGUAGUUCUCCGUGACAUUGUCGAGACUCUCAGCGUGUACUGUAGAUGACUUUUUUUCCCUCCCAGCGGCGUCCUCUGCUAAAUUGCGCUCCUGGAUUUUAAGUGCGCGCUCGAUCGGCCCCGAGUCCGUCCUCUAAAACCGAGCGGCUGUCUCGCGUCCUGUCAGUGCUGUGCUGUGCUGUCCUGUCCCGUCCCGCCCGGUCCCGGAGCCCGACCCACCGGCGGACCUGCUCCUCGCUGUUCGCAACCUUUCUUCCACAUUGACGCCCAGACGGAUGCGUUUUCUGGCUGCUUUAAAGUAAGUACAGAUGCUGGAAUCUUUGAGUUGAUUGGAACAAAUAGAAAGCCGGUGAGAGAGAGAGAAAGAGAGUGAGAAAGAAAGAGCAAAAGAGAAACAAGAGGAAGAGCAAAGAAAGAAGAGAAGAGAGAAGCACGCAUCAACUUUUGGUUUGAAGAGAUUUAGGGGACGAGGAGAAACAGAAAGCGACGGGGACGAUGGGGAGGAAAAAGAUUCAGAUCACGCGGAUUAUGGAUGAACGCAACAGACAGGUGACAUUUACAAAGCGAAAGUUUGGCCUAAUGAAGAAAGCCUACGAGCUGAGUGUGCUGUGCGACUGCGAGAUCGCCCUGAUCAUCUUCAACAGCACCAACAAGCUGUUCCAGUACGCCAGCACAGACAUGGACAAGGUCCUGCUCAAAUAUACCGAGUACAACGAGCCCCACGAGAGUAGGACCAACUCGGACAUUGUGGAGACGUUGAGAAAGAAGGGCCUAAAUGGCUGUGACAGCCCCGACCCCGACGCAGAUGACUCGGUCGGCCACAGCCCCGAGUCCGAGGACAAAUACAGGAAAAUAAACGAGGACAUAGAUCUGAUGAUCAGCAGACAGAGACUGUGUGCUUUGAGCAAGAAGGAGAACAAAGGUGGCGAGAGCCCGGAGCUUGAAUCCACUCUCCUCCUCACCCCGCGAACCGAGGAGAAAUACAAACAGAUUAACGAGGAGUUUGAUCACAUGAUUAAAAGUCAUAAGAUUCCUGCCAUGCCUCCAUCCAACUACGACAUGCCAGUGUCCAUCCCCGUCAGCAACCAGAACAAUCUCAUCUACAGCCACCCCGGUGGCUCCCUUGGAAACCACAACCUGCUACCGCUAUCACACCAUGGACUACCGAGAAACAGCAUGUCCCCCGGAGUUACACACAGACCCCCCAGUGCAGGUAACACAGGUGGCCUCAUGGGUGCUGACCUCACCACUGGCGCAGGCACCAGUGCUGGAAAUGGAUAUGGCAAUCAUCGCAACUCCCCCGGUCUGCUGGUCUCUCAGGCCGGCAUGAACAAGAACAUGCAGGCAAAGUCACCCCCACCCAUGAAUUUAGGCAUGAACAACCGCAAACCCGACCUCCGUGUUCUCAUCCCGCACGGCGCCAAGAGCAACAUGCCCUCCAUUAACCAGAGAAUAAACAACUCCCAGUCUGCCCAAUCAUUGGCCACCCCAGUUGUGUCAGUAGCAACUCCAACUCUGCCGGGACAAGGCAUGGGUGGUUACCCGUCGGCGAUCUCCACUUCUUAUGGUACAGAGUAUUCCCUAAAUAGUGCAGACUUGUCUUCGCUGUCGGGCUUCAACAGCGGCAGUUCCCUGCACCUGGGCUCAAUGAGCGGCUGGCAGCAGCAACACCUUCAGAACAUGCAGCAUUCGGCCCUCGGACAGCUCGGAAAUUGCUCUAGCUCUCACUUAUGUCAGGGUUCAAAUCUCUCCCUGCCCUCUGCUCAAAGCCUGCACAUCAAGUCCGAACCUGUUUCUCCUCCUAGAGAUCGCACCAGCAGUACACCGGGGGGCUACGGCGGUGGUGUUGUAGUACCCCCCCAGAACCCCUCAUCCCGCCAGGACUCGGGACGCUCCCCAGUCGAUAGCCUGAGCAGUUGUAGCAGCUCCCACGAAGGCAGCGACCGCGACGAGCACAGGAACGAGUUCCACUCUCCUCUGGGACUGGCACGGCCUGCCCUGGACGAGCGCGAGAGCCCCUCCAUCAAGCGGGUGCGCCUGUCUGAGGGGUGGGCCACAUGAUAGCACGGCCCUCUCCCCCCGACUCCCCCCCAAACAACAACAGCCCCCCCUCUUUGUCAGUACCGAAAUCAUCUGACAGCCCGUCUCAGAAGUCUACAACCAUUUUUAUUUUAGUUUAUUUUUUGAGGGUUUUAUUUUUGCUGAGUGUGUAAGUGUGUGUGCGUGUGCUAUACAUAUGACAUCACAUAACCCGGUGGGCUCUUGUAGAUGUCAUUCGGGUAGGGGGUGUUUCUAUUCUAUUUUUGGUUGGGGAACUAUGCAUAAUAAACCGCUUUGCGUGUGGAUCAAACCAAUCACAAAUGCAUAUAUCUCGCAACCUGUGUACAUAUAUGCAUCUCGCCAACAACAAUAGUCAGGUACUCUGUUUCCUACAAGUUACAGUUCACCGCAGAGAAUCAUCAGUGACUAGAAAAGACAAAAAAAAAAAAAAACCCAUUAACAUGAGAGCGAGUGCAUGAGGGUCACACCUUAGCACUUGGCAAACACGCGUGUGUACAGUGUCAGUUUGCUCGCUAUGUACCGUCUCCCUCGCAAAAACAAGUGUGUGUUCACAUUAGAUGAUGUCAUGUUGCAGGUUCAACGUAUUUAUGUAAAUAGAGGUCGAAGGGGAGGGAGUGGGGUGGGGGUGGGGGGGGAGUCAAGAAGUUGCCGGACAUUUCAAGAUUUAUUUACUGGCUAAAGGAAAAGCUAAUAUGCAACAUUUGAAGGACUGUACCGGUCAUCGGACCCCAACGUGUUUGGAACUUUUGGUGUAUAAAAAGUGGGGUGAGGGAGGUGUGGCGUGAGGACCACCCUCUGAUCCAAGAGUUAAUGUAAUCAACAAGCCUCUGGAUCGAGUAGUAACUAUCAGUAUUACUAAAAGAAAGAAAGAAAAAAAAAAGAAAAAAAAAACAAUUGUACGAUACACUUGCUUAUAUUUUCAUAUGAAAGGAAUACAAUGCAAAGCAUUUUUGUGGCUUUUUGUAGUUUCUAUAAGCCAGAAUGUGUUUUUGAUAGCUUUGCUAAAUAAGAGAAGGAUAGUGCACCCCACCCUAUUGUGGGAUUUGGGGGGUGGGUGGGGGGGAAUGGGCUUUGGAGCCCUAAGCCAUGAAACAGACUGAGAUCCAAUGCUUUGCUGAACUGUUUUAUCUUUGUAGAGGUUUGUUAUUAAACGUGUAUUUCUAAUUAUAUAUAAUAAUGGUAAUAUUAAGAAUCUUUAAAAAAAAAAAAUCUGUGAAAUUAACAUGCUUGUGUAUAGCUUUCUAAUAUAUAAAUAUAUAUAAUAUUUUCUUUUUUUGUUGUUGUUUUCCUAGUGGAGUUUCUACGUGCAGUUGCACAUGUUGUUUGGUUUUUGUUUCCUUUGAGCCCUGAGCAGAGCUGGUGUAUUUCCUACAACUUUUUUCAAGCAGUAAGUGUGCAAGCGAGGACGACAAAGAAAUCACGCUGACGUAACAAUCGCGUCCGGCCCAAUAUGCAUUUUGAUGUCCCACAUGUUUCAUCCUUAAGCUUCAUUAACUUAUUGAACAUGACCUUGUUUUCCCUUUAUUCGGCUCGACACAACCUCAGCUUGUCACGUCCAAGGCUCAAGCUGUACAGUUUCCAUUGUGAGCUAUUUAAGUCAUAAAAUUUGGCCAAAGGAUGAUGAGGAAUAGCCCCCAAAUCAUUUGCAAGCUUAAUUUGAUUCUGUAUCUCCUCAAGUGGAAUUAUUUUCAAAUCAAACAUCAUUUGCUCCCAUUUUUGACAGCUACGUAUAGGAGAAAAUGUGAUCAGCGGUCGCUAAUUUCUGAUCGAUAGCUGUUUUGAUGACCCAAACUAGCCACUUAUCUCUGCCUCUGAGUCAUGUAUCUGCUGUCAUUUAAGUGUUAUGAUAUUUCAAUGUGCAUAUUUCAUGCAGGUUCACUAUGUUGUUACUGUAUAGUCUGUGCAUUCAAACGGGGGCAGAGCCUCUAUAGCAGUGUUCUUCUCACUCUCUUCUUUUUUUUUUAAAUUCAGUACAAAAAAAAGGCUGAGAGGGAAAAAAAAAUAAAUGUUUGAGGCGAACGAGUGGAGAAACCAAAGCCAGUGGCAUUUGUGUGUUGUAAACUUCUUAUUUUCACGUUCAUUUAUGUUUUUACUUUGCAAGCAUUGAAACAUGACAAUAAAAAAAAAAUGUUCAAAUGUACAAUUUCUUUCACACUUCAAUUCCACUCAAGUCCAGUUUGACUCUGUGUCAAUGCUCACAGCAUUUACUUCUCUUGUGCGUUGAUUUUUUUU